AUGGAUACUAUGUUUGGGGUGGUCAUUGCAGCCCUCAUGCGAGAGCGCAAAUUGGAAAAUCAAGAUCUAAAGGCAAAGGAGACCCGCUUUCAUCCCGAUCUGCCACAACAUGAGGACCACCGUCAGUUCUUGACCCUGGUCGAAGAUGCUGAAGAGGACCAGUAUGAAGAGGAACUCGAUAGGCUUUACACCGCCGUUGAUGCAAGUUCGGAUAGCUCAUCAAGUUCUGCAGAGGAAAAGAAUAAGAAGGGUUCACAAAAGAAGAAGAAAGAAAAUAAGAGAAAGAAGAAGGAGAAGAAAACGAAGGAUGAGCGUGAGGGUGACAAGGACCCUAGGAAAGAUCCUAAAAAGCAGCUCGAGAAAGAUGCAAAGAAGGCCCUAUCUGAUGCCAGCACCAAGAUCAAAGCCUCCGUGGAUUUGAGCGAGAAGUUUCGCGAGUCCGUGAGCACUGAUGUGGAAACGAAGAAGGCCCAACUCGAGGAUGCGAGGAGCAAACUCCAGUCUGCCGUUGACAAGUCUGAGGUGACGCAGAGCAUGAUCGAUGAUGUGAAAGCUGCGCGUGAGGGCUUGGAAACUGCGUGUGCUUGUGGCAUUGGCCCUUUGGAGCGGGACCUUUCUGAGAAAAUAGCUAAUGGAGAAGCUGGUGGGAACACUUCCAACUGGACUGCCAAGCUCGCGACUUUUAGCAGCAGCUCACGCAACCACUCGCGUGACUUCUACCGCACCAACCCUCUUCCUGUAGAGCAUCCUUUGGUCAUUUAG